UGUGUGAGCACGUUGCAUACCAAGUGAGAAAGUCAGCCACAAAAGAAGGCAUUGAAAGACGAGAGUGGCACGCGGUCGGUCACCUCCAUGUUUUUCCUCCUCCGUGUCUCUUCUGCAGAACUGAUCUUUGAACCUGAUCUACCUCCGAUUGAUUCCGAUUGAUCAUCAGAGAAGAAACACACACACACACACACACACACACACACACAUUCUCUCUCUCUCUCUCACUCACACACACACACCCGGGACUUUAAUCAAGCUGCUGCAACUUUUUUUUUUUUUCCUUUUUUUUUUAAAAAGGACUGCCAUGGAUGUGACUGAGCUUGCACAGAGAUCCUGAGUGAAAUGCUUUGAGAGAGGGAGCUGAAGGAGAAAACAGAUUUAUUCCCUGAAGGAAACAACACGAUGUCUAAUUUAACGCGUUUGAUCAGCUGCCUGUUGGUCUUUGUCUCACAGUCGCACAGUUUACAUGUGAGAUUCCUAGAGGAUAUUUUGCACUAUUAUGGUCAGAAUAACUCCAUUUCCACAGAGGACCUGGAUCACUUUCUGCUUUUAAUCUCAGCCAGGAGAUCCGAGGAGAUCACCGAGGGGAACCCGCUGGAAAACCAAGAGUGUCCCUCCACAGGGCAGAUCUUGUCCCACUAUGGGCUCAGUAAUGUCAGUCAGCUGACUGUGGAACAUCUGGAGAGGAUCUGCCCCGCCGUGUUGACCCAGGUGCUGCUGCCCUCCUGCCCCUACGUCGUCCCCACGCCUGUGGCCCCUCUCGACUACACUGUGUGGGGUUAUGGCUUUCUGGCGGUCACUGUGAUCAACCUGGCGUCGCUGCUCGGUCUCUUCCUGAUCCCCUUCACCAAGAAGUCUUAUUUCCCCAAAGUGCUGACCUACUUCAUCGGCCUGGCCAUCGGGACACUCUUCUCCAAUGCCGUGCUUCAGCUCAUACCAGAGGCCCUGGGCUUUGAUCCCAAAACCGAUAACUAUUUGGCGAAGGCGGUUGGAAUAUUUGGGGGGUUUUACCUGCUGUUCUUUAUGGAGAAGAUCCUGAAAAUGGCUCUCGGGAUGGAGCAUGAGCAUGGCCACAGCCACUUCACUCCUGCAGAGAAUCAAGAAAACUCCCUCCACAACGGAGACAUAAUGGAGAAGAAGGACUCCAUCAUUUUGACCGGCAUCAACACCAUCGCCACGGACAAGAGCAACCCCAACCCAGAACCUUCUCAGGAAGCCCAGGGCUCAGAUUUGAUGUGCCACUGGUUGCGUGGGCGACGCAUCUCCAGCAUCAAGACGGUGGCAUGGAUGAUAACGCUGAGCGACGCGCUGCACAACUUCAUCGACGGUCUCGCUAUCGGCGCCUCGUUCACUGUGUCUUUACUGACGGGGUUCAGCACGUCCACCGCCAUCAUAUGUGAGGAGUUUCCCCAUGAGCUGGGUGACUUUGUGAUCCUGCUGAACGCCGGUAUGAGCAUACCUCAAGCUAUUUUCUUCAACCUGCUGUCGGCUGUGUCGUGUUACAUCGGUCUCGUGUUCGGCAUCAUUCUCGGGAGCAAUUUUGCCCCCAAUCCAAUCUUUGCCAUCGCAGGAGGAAUGUUCCUUUACAUCGCACUGGCAGACAUGUUUCCAGAGAUGGACAGUAUAGCACGGGAACAGAAACAAACCUCCACAAAGAUCGUCUUCUUCCUGAUCCAGAACGCAGGGCUGCUCAGCGGCUUCACCAUCAUACUACUGAUCACCAUGUUUGCAGGGCAGAUCAAUCUGGGCUAGCAGGGCACGAACACAAGCUGGAGAGAAAACUCAAUAAACGAGCUGCUUCUGUUUCUGCUCCAGCUCGUCGGGCUGGACAGGAAAGUGAAUGUAAAGUGAAUGUUUUGUACAAACAAAACCAAAUGUUUAAAGGAGACUUGAUGCUUUUAUAUGUCCUGACUAUCAAUUUAGUUUACUCCGUAUAAAAAGGGAAAAUCUUUGCAAUCAUUUGAUGUAUGAACUGUAGUCAAAUCUGUUUUCAGGAGACAAUAAAUUAUUUUUUUAGUCUUCACA